CGUCGCCAGCAGAUCGUCCUCAACACGAAGAGCCUUGAUCAGGAGGCAGUUUCGACUUCAUCAACGCUCUUUGGGUGACUAUUAUGUUUCAACAUUACCAAUUGAUCUAAUACAUCGAACUCGCAGGACGAGUAUAAUCACCAUCUUAUACAGUAGCAACCACUGGCACUACCAGUAACGACAGCCCCAAGUCAUGCGUAUUAUUCCCAAGCAGCUUGCUCUAGCAGCGUAUUUGAUCACAUCAUGGUAUAUUGAUCUUGCCGCUGCCAAUGUCGAAAAGACCAUAUUUGUGGCUCCCAGUCCACAGCCUGUCCCUGCAGAAAGCUCAGUCAUUGAUGAUUUAGGCCUGGAGCGUCUGUCACCGGGUGAUUACAUUCUAAGGACCAAUCUGAAUGCAUCGUUCCCGACACAUUCUCAGCCGUACGGUACAGAGUCAUGGCUCUAUCUCGAAGACCUGAACCCCGGACAGAGAUACGAAGUGCGAAUAUGCUGGCUGGCAACACAACCUACAUCAUUUACGCUCACUACAUACUCUCUCGCCGACACCAUUUCAGAUCCAACUUUGAUCUCGGCACUGACCAAAUUCUCAGAAAUCCGACUCGCUGAUCCAGUUGCAGCGCCUCUCAUCUCAACGACGUCGUCUCAAGUGGAAUCAGUUCUAUUUCUCCGCAUUCAGUCUGCAGCAGACUAUUUCACGACUGAUUCGGUUCUGAUGGAGAAUGUUCCGCCUGUAACUGCGUACAUAAUUCUAGACCCAUUCAUAUUGAAUGUUUUCCCACGCUCGUUAGUUCCAACUGCUAUUUACGCAGUCACCGUUGCAAUAUUGGUUUACUUUAUUGGCAAAUAUCUCGGCAAUACUCUAUCUGUCACAGCUGCGACGGCUUCUGGGCAUCUUGAUGGCUCCAAAAAAAACCAAAAGCAGAAGUGAAGAAAGAUAUGUAAGCUUUGAAUCAUGUAUGAACUUCAUUUAAUCUGGAGAAAGUACAAUGGAAUGUAAUUGAAUACUAU